AUGCGUACCUCAACACUUGCGUGGGCCGCUGUCACGGCCCUCUCUGCCCUCGUCGAGGCUGCCGACCUCGAGGCGUGGAAGUCUAGAUCCAUCUACCAAGUCAUGAUCGAUCGUUACGCCCAUACCGAUGGCUCAACCGACCACGAGUGUGAACUCUACAAGUUCUGUGGUGGCACAUGGGCCGGCUUGACCAACAAGCUUGACUACAUCCAAAACAUGGGCUUCACUGCUAUCCAGAUCAGCCCCAUUGUCAAGAACAUGGACGAUGACACCGCCGUCGGUGAGGCUUACCACGGUUACUGGUCUCUCGAUAACUACGCCCUCAACGACAAGUUCGGUACCUCGGACGACUUCAAGAACCUGGUCAAGGAGAUGCACAACCGUGACAUGUACCUCAUGGUCGAUGUCGUCGUCAACAACAUGGUCCAGAAGCUCGACAGCCUGCCCCCCAAGCUCGACUACUCCAAGUUCAACCCCUUCAACGAGGAGUCCGACUUCCACCCUUACUGCAACGUCACCGAGUGGGACAACAGCACCAACUACCAGGACUGCUGGCUCUACCCCUACGGCGUUGCCCUCGCCGAUUUGGCCACCGAGAAGACCACCGUCGUCGAUGAGUUUGGCAAGUGGAUCAAGCAACUCGUCUCCAACUACUCUAUCGAUGGUCUCCGUAUCGAUGCCGCCAAGCACGUCAACGAUGCCUUCCUGCCUACCUUUGUCAACGCCUCUGGCGUCUUCGCCUUCGGUGAGGUCCUUACCGGAGCCCCCGCCGACUUCUGCCGCUACCAGACCCUGAACCUGCUGCCCGGCAUGCCCAACUACAUCGAGUACUACCCCCUCAACAAGGUCUUCUUCGGUGGUGACAUGAACGAGCUCGCCGACUGGCGCUCCCAGGCCCGCGAUGGCUGCACCGACAUCUUCGCCCUCGGAUCUUUCGUCGAGAACCACGACAUGCCCCGUUUCGCCGUCUACGAUGAGGAUAUUGAGCUUGCCAAGAACGCCAUGGCUUACAUCCUUUUGACUGACGGUAUCCCCACCGUCUACCAGGGACAGGAGCAGCACUUCAACGGUAACUCGACUCCCUUCAACCGUGAGCCCCUCUGGCAAUCCAAGUACGACACCACCGCGCCCAUCUACCAGCUCACCUCCACCCUCCUCAAGACCCGUAACGCCCUCCAGGCCACGAACAAGGACUUCGCCACCACGGCCUCUGAGCAGCUUUUCGUCGAGAACACCCACCUGUGCCUCCGCAAGGGCCCCGCGGGCGCCCAGGUCGUCUUCUGCGUCACCAACAAGAGCUCCAAGGGCGAUACCUACCAGCUCAGCGUCGGCGGCUUCAACCCUGGUGAUGCCGUCGUCGAGGUCACCACCUGCGGCACCAGCACCGCCGACGGCACCGGCAACGUCACUCUGUACAUGGAGAAGGGUCAGCCCCGCGCCGUCGUUCUUGCGUCCUCCAUCGACGCCACCAAGAUCUGCCCCAACGGCACCACUGCCGCUGGUCAGAGCAAGAGCGCCGCCGGCUUCAUCGGCAGCAGCAUGACCCUGGUCCUGGCUUCCGUCAUGGCCGUUUCUUUUGCGCUCCUCGCAUAA